AUGGAGCAGGGGAGAACAUAUCUGUUCCAGGGGAGACAGGGUGGGCUGCUGGGGACUUUGAGGGGGACCAGGGUGUCGUGCUCCUCCUCCUCCUCCUGCUGCUGCUGUGGUCGGGACCAAGAUAGACUGGAGCUCCUGGGAAUGGAGGCUCUCAUCGUUGUACCGGUUAGUAGGAGCAGUAGGGUCAGACUGAUUGAAGUGGUCUAUGUGAGUGUGAUCUCUUGGGUUAUUGUUGUCAAUUCAGAUACUGUGGUUUCGAUGAUGGUGUGAGGAUCAUAUCAAUUUUUAAGUAAUAUUAUGGUCUGUGCUGUUGCUAUGACAACACAACCACUAAGGUCCUCCCUGUAUUUGAAUUUGCAUCUAUGAUUUACAUACUGGUUAUUACAUGGUCAUUAUAUUUGGUUCCUAUUUGGCUGUACUGACAGUGUUGAACUGUGUGGAACACUCAGAAAUCAGACCCACCGUCAACCAUGUAGAUAUUUGUCUUGUGAAAAGCUGUGACAUUGGCUUCUACAGUGUCCUUUGGGACAGAUAUUGCUAAUACUCCAGCACAGUUUAGUCUUCAUGACAACAUGAUGGUUUGCUGUGAGACUGAGGGAUGUUUGUGUGAACAUUUACACUCAUUGCAUUGUAUUACACACACACACACACACACACACACACACACACACUACUUCUCCCUCUUUGUGUCUCACUCUGGACUACACAUUAACUCUGAUUGAUUUGUGACAGUGCUUGAACAGCUAAUGGAGUUUUUUUUGUGUUUUUUUGCUGCUGUUCUAGUUGUGCUUUAGGUGGUUGGAGGCCCGCGGUGUCAGACACCGUAGGUAAACACAACACAGUUCCUCCCCUUUCUUCCCCCAAAGGGCACAACAAAGACAAUAUCAGGUCCUGUUCUGUUCCUCUCUUCUGAAACUGUCUUCUGCUCUGGUUGCCUGAACCCCCAUCCCUCUGGUUUCUCUGCACAAUUUUCUGAUAUGACUCACUCUCUUUCCCACUUUCUUUCCCAUUUCUUAUACAGCUUUCCAUUUUGCAAAGGCUGUUUGGCUUAUCAUGUGAUAUUAUUGGGGUUCUAAUCAAGGCCUUUUCAGCAGGGUGGUGAGGGGCCAUUGUGAAGAUAUUCAGGUUAAAUUCUGAUUCACUUUUACUGUCCAUGAUUAAUCUAGAUUCAGCAGGACUCUCUGACCCUCUCUGUCCUCUCCCCUUCUAGGUACUGUCCCUGGGGGCUGACGUCCUGCCAGAGUACAAGCUCCAGGCGCCUCGCAUCCACAAGUGGACCAUCCUCCACUACAGUCCCUUCAAGGCGGUGUGGGACUGGGUCAUCCUCCUGCUGGUCAUCUACACGGCCGUCUUCACCCCCUACUCUGCUGCCUUCCUGCUCAACGAGGUGGAGGACGAGCUCCGGCGCUCCUGUGGCUACACCUGCAACCCCCUCAAUGUGGUGGACCUGGUGGUGGACGUCAUGUUUAUCGUGGACAUUCUCAUCAACUUCCGGACCACAUAUGUCAAUCACAAUGACGAGGUGGUCAGCCACCCGGGCCGCAUUGCCCAGCACUAUUUCAAAGGCUGGUUCCUCAUUGAUAUAGUGGCGGCCAUCCCCUUUGACCUGCUCAUAUUCCGCUCUGCCUCCGAUGAGGUGAGAUGGAGGGAGGAGAAGGGGGAUCAUUUUAAUCUAUGUGUAGUAUUGGUCCUUUUUUUGCAGCGUUGGUCUGUGUAUAAAUUCAACAAAGUCUCUCAAAACCUCUCUCCUCUCAGCCCCAGACGACCACUCUGAUUGGCUUGCUGAAGACUGCUCGGCUGCUGCGAUUGGUACGCGUGGCGCGAAAGCUGGACCGCUACUCAGAGUACGGCGCCGCCGUUCUCUUCCUCCUCAUGUGCACCUUUGCCCUCAUCGCCCAUUGGCUGGCCUGUAUCUGGUACGCCAUCGGCAACGCGGAGCGCACCAACUCGGCCCGCAUCGGAGGCAUGAAGAUCGGCUGGCUGGACAACCUGGCUGAACAGAUUGGUAAACCAUACAACGACACAGACCCUGCCUCUGGCCCUUCCACCAAGGAUAAAUACGUCACAGCGCUUUACUUUACCUUCAGCAGCUUGACCAGCGUGGGCUUCGGCAACGUUUCCCCCAACACCAACCCUGAGAAGAUCUUCUCCAUCUGCAUCAUGCUUAUCGGCUGUGAGUACGUCACCAGUGUGUGUCUGUGACGUGCCUGUGUGUCGAGAGUGUUCAUAUGCAUUGCUUUAAAUGUAGUAUCACCUAUCAUUUUAGGUGGAUGUCUCUGACAUGUCUCUGUGUCAUCUCCUGUAGCGCUGAUGUAUGCCAGUAUCUUUGGUAACGUAUCGGCUAUCAUCCAGAGGCUGUACUCCGGCACGGCCCGUUACCACACCCAGAUGCUGCGUGUCAAAGAGUUCAUCCGUUUCCACCAGAUCCCAGAGGGACUACGCCAGAGACUGGAGGAAUACUUCCAACAUGCCUGGUCCUAUACCAAUGGCAUCGACAUGAACGCUGUGAGUAACUCUCUAACACACAUUCAUAUACAGCCAAACACACACACACACACACACACACACAUCCAUACCCACACGAAAAGCACAUAGGCCCUACUUACCACCUGAGUUUUGCCGCCAUUAGGUGCUCAGACAGGGAGACCUAACAGUGGAAAUGAUGUGCGUCAUAUCCUAUGUGUUAGUAGAUAGAUAGUGUGUCCUGCUGCUUGCAGAGAAGAGAAAAGCAUUGGGCCUCUAACACCACAGGAACAUGACGUAGCAGAGAGCACGCCUGUCAAUUCAAUCUGAACAAUCACAUAGACACACUGUGUGUCUGUGUCUGUGCAUGUGUCCCCUCAGUCAAUAGUGAGCAUCAACUGAAACAUCUCUCCCCCCACUUUCUCUCUCUCUCUUUCUCCCUCUCCCAUUUCUCCCUUCCUCUCUCUAGGUGCUGAAGGGUUUCCCUGAGUGUCUGCAGGCUGAUAUCUGUCUCCACCUGAACCGCUGCCUGCUCCAGAACUGCAGGGCCUUCAAGGGGGCCAGUAAGGGCUGUCUGCGGGCGCUAGCCAUGAGGUUUAAGACCACCCACGCCCCUCCAGGCGACACCCUGGUCCACAUGGGAGAUGUCCUCUCAGCUCUCUACUUCAUCUCCAGAGGGUCCAUAGAGAUUCUGAGAGAUGACGUGGUGGUGGCCAUACUGGGUAGGCUGAAGGGUGAUAGUGGUUACUGGGUAGGCUGAAGGGUAAUGGUGGUUACUGGGUAGGCUGAAGGGUAAUGGUGGUUACUGGGUAGGCUGAAGGGUGAUGGUGGUUACUGGGUAGGCUGAAGGGUAAUAGUGGUUACUGGGUAGGCUGAAGGGUAAUAGUGGUUACUGGGUAGGCUGAAGGGUGAUGGUGGUUACUGGGUAGGCUGAAGGGUGAUGGUGGUUACUGGGUAGGCUGAAGGGUGAUGGUGCAUACUAGGUAGGCUGAAGGGUAAUAGUGGUUACUGGGUAGGCUGAAGGGUGAUGGUGGUUACUGGGUAGGGCUAGAAGGGGUGAUGGUGAUACUGGGUAGCUGAAGGGUGAUGGUGGUUCUGGUUUAGGCUGAAGUAGUGUGGUGGAUACUAGGCAUAGCUGAAGGGUUAUGUGGUUUAUGGGUCUGCCUGAGGUGAUGUGGUUACUGGGUAGGCUGAAGGGUGAUGGUUGUUACUGGUAGGCUGAAGUGGUUAUGUGGUUAUGGGUAGUCUGAAGGUUGAUGGGGGAUCCUCGGUCUGCUGAAGGGUGAUGGUUGAUACUAGGUAGGCUGAAGGGUUAUGGUGGUACUGGGUAUGCUGACGGGUGAUGGUGAACUAGGUAGUCUGAAGGUAUGGUGGUUACUGGGUAGGGCUGAAGGGUAAUGGUGUUACUGGUUGGCUGAAUGGUGAUGUAAGUUAAUGGGUAGGCUUGAGGGGUGAUGUGGUUUACUGGGUAGGCUAAGAGUAAUGGUGGUUACUGUUAGGCUGAAUGGUGAUGUGGUUACUGGGGUAGGGAUGGAUGGUGUUUACUGGUAGGCCUGAAAGGUGUAAUGGUGGUUUCGGGUAGGGCUGAAAGGUAAUGGUUGUUACUACUGGUGGCUAAGGGUAUGGUGUUACUGGGUCGGGGGUUGGGGAUGGUUUUUAAAUGGGUAGGCUAAAGGGGGAUGGGGUUUACGGGUAGGUGAAGGGUAAGGGUGGUUAUGGGGGUGAAGAGUGAGGGGGUUACGGGUGGGCUGAAGGGUGAUGGUGGUUUCUUGGUAGGCUAAAGGGGUAAUGGGGGUUUACUGGGUGGGUUGAAAGUGAUGGUUUUUAUUGGUUAGGUGAAGGGUGGGGUGGUUACUGGUUAGGCUGAAGAGUGAGGGUGGUUACGGUUAGGCUAAAAGAGUGUGGUGGUAGGGUUUUAGGUGGGGGUGAUGGUGGUACGGGUUAGGCUAAAGAGGAUGGUGGAUAUGGUUGGGCGAAGGGUGAUGGGGGUUACUGGUUAGGUGAAGAGGAGGGUGGAUAGGGUUAGGCUAAAAGGGUAAUGGUGGUUACUGGUUGGCUGAAAGUGAUGGUGGAUACGGUUAGGCUGAAGGGUGAUGGUAGUUACUGGGUAGCCUCUCCUUCUUUCUUAAGUCUUCCCCUUGUUCUUCCCAUUCAAGCUUGUGGUUUGGUACAUUCUCUGUCUGUCUGUCUGUCUGUCUGUCUCUCUGUCUCUCUGUCUCUCUCUCUCUCUCUCUUUCACUCACUCAUUCACUCACUCACUCUCUCACACACACACUGCUGUGUUCUGGUGUGCUGUUUAGCCAGAGGUGUUUGGGCACGGCUCCACUUCCAUUUCACAGUGUCAUUGAUUACCGAUCGCCCGAUUGCUCAGACCCACACUCUCUAUGCUAGCCUGUCUCAUUUUGAUUUGUCUCCCCUCUGCAUUUAAGUGGACACAAAGUCAGGCCUAACUGGAAUAAUGUAGAGCAUUAGUGUUGUUGUUCUACUCUAUCUCUGAAAAAUCCAGAAAUAAUCCAGAAGAAAAUAUCUAUCAGGUUAGUCUUGUAUAGAAAGGCAGUGUAUGCGAGUGAGCUUAUGAAUGUUUUUAAUGCUUAUGUUGUCCAAUUAUCUUUGUGUUCAAUCAUUGCUUUCUCCAUUGUCACUCUAUUCACCUCAUUUUCCUCUUCACCUGUGUCACACCUUUCAACCUCUCAUCUCUCCAUUCUCUUUCUCUCUGUAGGUAAGAAUGAUAUCUUCGGGGAGCCCAUCUAUCUUUUUGGGCGUCCAGGGAAGUCCAGUGCGGACGUCAGGGCUUUGACCUACUGUGACCUCCAUAGGAUCCUGAGGGACGACCUGCUGGAGGUGCUGGACAUGUACCCAGACUUCUCCGACUGCUUCUGGACCAACCUGGAGAUCACCUUCAACCUCCGAGAUGUGAGUCUACCAUGAGAGGGGGACAGAGAGCACUCUCUCAAACCACAAAUAGAUACUGUUUAUGUUGAGCCGGUUUCCUGGACAUGGAUUGUGUAGUCUUGGACUAAAAAGCAUUCUCAAUGGAGAAUCUACUUUGAAAGUGCUUUUUAGCCCAGGACUAGUCUUAAUCUGUGUCCGGGAAACCAGCCCUUAGUCAUAAAGAGAGCUUAACACAAGGUCAAUGAGUUUUAGUUAGGCAAAACUGUAUGCAAAAACAUUACUUCUUUAAUAUUUAGUGUGUAUAAAUCUGAUGAUUUUAUGAUGUAUGUGUAAUGUGUUGUAAAGUGUGAGUGGUUUUUUGUUGAAUUACUGAAGCUGAUGUGUAUUAGGUAGAUAGAAUAAACCAGGCAACUCCCAGUGAGGACUCUGAAUGUGGAUAUCGACGGCCGCGGCCACGACGCAGGAGAAACCGGCCUGGUGAGUGUGUGUGGAUCUGCUCAUUAUGUCAUCAUGGGUUUCUUAUACAUUGUUAAAAGUAGUGUUACUAUCAAUGAUAUGUAUAAAGUUGUGGUGGUCAUUGUACCUGUCCUGGCUGUGUGUAGACGGCAUGGACCGUGAGGACUCGUUUCCAGACCAGUCGUGUCCUUUGGGGAACCACAACGGCCCUGACACAAGCUCCCACUGGGAGGGCAUGUGUAGCAGCGCCAGCGCCUGCUCCCAGUCCAGUGACGAUGAGAUGAUGCCUCUAGGACAUAGCAAAGCAGAGCUGUACCCCUCCGGGGAUGACACCGAUGACUACCCCCCUGCUGUGGUCAGCCUGCUGCCCCCCAGCGGACCCUCAGCUGGCAUGGGGCCGCCCCUGGACCGAGGAAGUCACCAAUACACAGGUAGAGAGAGACUGAGAUAUAGAUACACAGUAUUACGCAUGAACUAACUAAGAUCAGUGGACUGGACUAUGUUAUAACCUGCCUCAAAGCAUUCACACAGGCAUCUCUGCUCUUUCUCUACAUCCCAGCCUCAGCCCCCAUCAACAUGCCAGGCCCAGGGGUGUAUGGGUAUUGGCCUGACCGGAGGACCAGUCAGUUGUCAGAUCCCCAGCAGCGCUGCUCCUCAGUGAGGGGCACCUACCACCCUCCUCCCUGUGCAGAGGACAGGCCCAGUGAACUGGAGUCCAGAGUGGAGCGGGAAAAAUAGAAGGGGGGGAGGAAAGGGAAAAAAAAGGAGGAGGGGGGAGGAGGGAAAGGGGGGAAAAGUGAGGAGAGGGAGAAGGGAAAAGGGGGGAAAAAAGGAGAGGGGAGAAAAGGGGGGGGGGGAAAAGGGGGGAGAAGAGGGGAAAAAGGGGGGAAAAGGGGGGAAAAAAGGGAAAAAGGGGGAGGAAGAGGGGGGGGAAAAAUGAGGAGGGGGGAAGGAAAGGAAAGGGGGGAAAAGGGGGGAGAAGAGGGGGAAAAGUGAGGAGAGAAAAAGGGGGGGGAAAAGGAGGAAAAGAAGGGAGGGAAAAGUGGGGGGGAGGAAGAGGGGAAAAAGUGAGGAGAGAAAAGGGGGAAAAGGGGGAAGAAAAAGGGGGGGAAAAGUGAGGGAGGAGAGAAGGAAAGGGGGGGUAAAAUGGGGGAAGGGGGAAAAAAAAUAAAGGGGGGGAGAAAGAAAAAAAGAGGAGGCACAGAAAAAAUUUUGACAAAAUUAAAGGGGGAAAAUUUUUCCCCCGGGGGAAAAGGGGUAAUGGGGAAGAAGCAAAAAAUUAAAAAUUUAAGGGGCCAAAAGAAAAAUUUAAAAAUGGGGAAAAAAAAUGUUGCUUUUUUUAUGGCCCCCCCUCGACCCCCGGGCCCUCCAACUGGGCUCAUGCCCAAAUUCCCCAUCUGCCCUCCCCCCAAAGGGGGCCCCCCCCCCCCCCGGGGGGGUUUUUGCCCCCCCUCAUGUCAACAUUCGGGACAAGGCCCCCCUCCCAACUUUUUUGAAACAAAAGGCGAUGUUGGUGGGGAGUUUUGGGGGAAAGGGAUGGGGAAAAUUUGAAAGAUAUAUGUUUUUGCUUCCUUUUUACAAUUUUUUGGUGUCUCCAAAAAUUGGUUUGGAAAACAUGGGUUUAAAAAAAAUCCCCGGGAUUUUAUUGAAAUUUUUGGGGUUUUUAAACUUUGGGGGAAAAGGUACAUUUGGGGUUUUUUUUAACCCUGCUCCCCAAAAAAAAUGACAUGAAGGAAGACCAAGAAAGGAUUGAGAGAGAUCACAGAGGAAGAAAUGAUUGACUUUAUUUAUCUAUGGUCUUUCCUCUCCCAUCCUGCCUCCAUCCUUGGCCCUGCCCAGACUGGAGACUCGGAUGACUGCAGACAUCCACGUGAUCCUGCAGCUGCUCCAGAGGCAGAUGGCCCCAGUGCCCCCGGCCUACAGCGCUGUGUUGCCCAGCCCUCACCCUGCUCACCCCACCACCCUGUACGGCACAGCAGCCCCCGUCAUCCACACUGUCCCCUCCAUGCCCCCAAUCAAGAUUGACAGCAUGCCUUCGCCGCUGCAGGUGGGUACUGGUAUGGUGCACAGAUAGUACAGUAUAUAUCAGUUUUUGCUUCCUUGCUACAAUGCUCUGUCCUCCAAAAGCUAUGUGAUAUUGUGAAACAGUGGGCUGAUGAAAUGAGUGAGAGCGAGGUAUUGGUAUUGAAAGUUGUACUGGCCUGGUUUAGAUCUUACCUGUCGGAAAGAUAUCAGUUUGUCUCUGUGAAUGGUCUGUCCUCCGACAAAUCAACUGUACAUUUCGGUGUUCCUCAAGGUUCCGUUUUAGGACCACUAUUGUUUUCACUAUAUAUUUUACCUCUUGGGGAUGUUAUUCGAAAACAUAAUGUUAACUUUCACUGCUAUGCGGAUGACACACAGCUGUACAUUUCAAUGAAACAUGGUGAAGCCCCAAAAUUGCCCUCGCUAGAAGCCUGUGUUUCAGACAUAAGGAAGUGGAUGGCUGAAAACGUUUUACUUUUAAACUCGGACAAAACAGAGAUGCUUGUUCUAGGUCCCAAGAAACAAAGAGAUCUUCUGUUAAAUCUGACAAUUCAUCUUGAUGGUUGUAAAGUCGUCUCAAAUAAAACUGUGAAGGACCUCGGCGUUACUCUUGACCCUGAUCUCUCUUUUGACGAACAUAUCAAGACUGUUUCAAGGACAGCUUUUUUCCAUCUACGUAACAUUGCAAAAAUCAGAAAUGUUCUGUCCAAAAAUGAUGCAGAAAAAUUUAUCCAUGCAUUUGUUACUUCUAGGUUAGACUACUGCAAUGCUCUAUUUUCCGGCUACCCGGAUAAAGCACUAAAUAAACUUCAGUUAGUGCUAAAUACGGCUGCUAGAAUCCUGACUAGAACCAAGAAAUUUGAUCAUAUUACUCCAGUGCUAGCUUCCCUACACUGGCUUCCUGUUAAGGCAAGGGCUGAUUUCAAGGUUUUACUGUUAACCUAUAAAGCGUUACAUGGGCUUGCUCCUACCUAUCUUUCCGAGUUGGUCCUGCCGUACAUACCAAUACGUACGCUACGGUCACAAGACGCAGGCCUCCUAAUUGUCCCUAGAAUUUCUAAGCAAACAGCGGGAGGCAGGGCUUUCUCCUAUAGAUCUCCAUUUUUAUGGAACAGUCUGCCUACCCAUGUGAGAGACGCAGACUCGGUCUCAACCUUUAAGUCUUUACUGAAGACUUAUCUCUUCAGUAGGUCAUAUGAUUGAGUGUAGUCUGGCCCAGGAGUGUGAAGGUGAACGGAAAGGCUCUGGAGCAACGAACAGCCCUUGCUGUCUCUGCCGGGCCGGUUCCCCUCUCCACUGGGGUUCUCUGCCUCUAACCCUGUUGCAGGGGCUGAGUCACUGGCUUGCUGGUGCUCUUUCAUGCCGUCCCUGGGAGGGGUGCGUCACUUGAGUGGGUUGAGUUACUGACGUGAUCUUCCUGUCUGGGUUGGCGCCCCCCCCUUGGUUUGUGCUGUGGUGGAGACCUCUGUGGGCUAUACUCGGCCUUGUCUCAGGAGUGUAAGUUGGUGGUUGAGGAUAUCCCUCUAGUGGUGCGGGGGCUGUGCUUUGGCAGAGUGGGUGGGGUUAUAUCCUUCCUGUUUGGCCCUGUCCGGGGGUUUCUUCGGAUGGGGCCACAGUGUCUCCGGACCGCUCCUGUCUCAGCCUCCAGUAUUUAUGCUGCAGUAGUUUAUGUGUCGGGGGGCUGGGGUUAGUUGGUUAUACCUGGAGUACUUCUCCUGUCUUAUCCAGUGUCCUGUGUGAAUUUAAGUAUGCUCUCUCUAAUUCUCUCGUUCUCUCUUUCUCUCUGAGAACCUGAGCCCUAGGACCAUACGUCAGGACUACCGGGCAUGAUGACACCUUGCUGUCCCCAGUCCGCCUGGCCUUGCUGCUAUUCCAGUUUCAACUGUUCUGCCUGCGGUUACGAAACCCCUACCUGUCCCAGACCUGCUGUUUUCAACUCUUAAUGAUCGGCUAUGAAAAGCCAACUGAGAGACCUGAGCCCUAGGACCAUACGUCGGGACUACCGGCCGUGGUGACUCCUUGCUGUCCCCAGUCCGCCUGGCCUUGCUGCUAUUCCAGUUUCAACUGUUCUGCCUGCGGUUAUGGAACCCCUACCUGUCCCAGACCUGCUGUUUUCAACUCUUAAUGAUCGGCUAUGAAAAGCCAACUGAGAUUUAUUCCUGAUUAUUAUUUGACCAUGCUUGUCACUUAUGAACAUUUUUGAACAUCUUGGCAUGGUUCUGUUAUAAUCUUCACCCGGCACAGCCAGAAGAGGACUGGCCACCCCUCAUAGCCUGGUUCCUCUCUAGGUUUCUUCCUAGGUUUUCGCCUUUCUAGGGAGUUUUUCCUAGCCACCGUGCUUCUACACCUGCAUUACUAGCUGUUUGGGGUUUUAGGCUGGGUUUCUGUACAGCACUUCGAGAUAUUAGCUGAUGUAAGAAGGGCUAUAUAAAAUAAAAUUGAUUGAUUGAUUGAUACUGUAUACAGAGUUACUGAAUCGCUUUACCCCCCUUUUUUUUCUUUGCAGAGCCAGGACUCAGACAAGCACAAGUCCAAGGACUCCCUGUCCAGUGGGAUCCACCUCACGGUGGCCUCUGAUGACACCAUGUCCAUGUCCCCUGAGACAGAGCCCCUUCCAGGGCCCUCCAUGGGCCUCAGCCCCCCCCAGGUCUCCUGCCCCACCAUGGGACCCUCUGGACUGCUGUGUGGCAGCCUGCGUUUCCCCUCCCUCCCUGACAACCUGGAGACCUCCACAGAGGGGCAGGAGAUUCAGAGGCACGUUUCUGACCCCAUCCUGCCAGGCAGCUAA